AUGGCCGACCUCCAUGAAGUUGUUUUCCACUGGCCCAGUACCGAGGCAGAGCGUGUAGUCGUUACCGGCACAUUUGACCAAUGGUCUUCCUCGGUCAAUCUCGAAAAAGACGCGACAGGGUUCUCUGGCACGGUCAAGGUUGACUGGGGCUCGAAGGUCCUGUACAAAUACAUCGUCUUCAAGAGUGCGGGGAGUCGGGAAUGGGCCUGCUCCCCUUUGGUGGCCACCGAAAAAGACGUUGCUGGCAAUCUCAACAACGUCUACCAAGCCCCACCAAAGCCAGAGUCAUCCCAAACGAAAGACACGACCUCGGAAACGACUACGAAUGGAUCAUCUCUGGGCCAGGUGGUCUCCGAUUUGGCUGAAACGGUAGUCGCUCGCGAUGGCACGACUUCGGUUCUGGAUUAUGUCGCCUCUGGCCUUGGAGCUGCCGUGCAGUCCGCCAUCGGGGUCGACCCCAUCAACGGGUCCAAGGCAAAAGAAACUGUUACGACUCCAAGCGAGACGUCUGUCGCACAACCGUCACCCGCGACAGUCGCUCCAAAGGUGCCCAUCGCCAUCGUCCCGGUUUAUGCCGAGGAAAUUAAGGCGGUCCCAAAUGGCACCAGCCAGCCAGUUGUGGAAAACGAGGCGCUUUCGACGCAUUCACCGCUUCCUGCGACCAUUCCUUCUCCGCCGGUUCCCACUCCAGCGCCGGCUAAAGAACCGAUAUCAGCCACGGUGGAAGUUACGCAACCAACGCAAGUCGUGGCCGCUGAAAGCACAACCUCCGAACCAACAACAACAACGGAGGUCGAUGCCACGCCUACGCCUGCAGUUGUUGAAGAACCAAUACCUGCUCCACCGAUAGCAGUCGAGCCAUCAAAAGAGACUCCAUUAGAGAUAACUGCGCCAGAGGCCAAAGUCGAAACGCCUGUUGUUGCUACACCUCCACCGGCUGCUGAGUCACCAAAGCCCGUUGAGAACUCGAGCAGACCCGCGACGCCAUCCAGCAGACCAACAACACCGUCCAAGAGAGGGAAGCAUGCUUUCCCCUCUGAAGAUUCCUCCUCCUCGGCACCGAACACACCAGUCUCCAGGUUUAGCACUGCAACUUCGACAAGGAAAAAGCGGCAUAGCUUGUUCGGAAAACUGAAGCAUCUCUUCGACAAGGACAAGGAAGAAAAAGAAAAGGAAAAGAAAUGA